AUGCUUCGGCAGACUAUUCCGCAUCGUGUGUCCAACGUAAUCAAGUUCACUCACACAGUAGUGACCCACCAGCUGCUGCACUGCACCCCACCUGCUCUCUUGCUCCUCCACUACCCCCUCCAUUCUCCAACCGGCCCUCCAGCACGCCAGGGCUUUCAGUUUUGCCUCAGGUGCCUGGCACCUUGCUACUGCGGCCACUCGCCACUUGUUGUCGCCCUCCGUUGA